CUCCCCCCCCUCCAGAGCCGGGGAGAGAACCCAGGCGUCCGGGCUCCCAGCCCCCCCUGCUCCAGCCCCAGCUCCCCUCCCAGUGCCAGGGAAAGAACCCAGGAGUCCUGGGUCCCAGCGCCCCCCUCUCUAACCACCAGUCCCCACUCCGAGCCGGGGAGAGAACCCAGGAAUCCGGGCUCCCAGCCUCUCCUCGCAAAGCUGGACUGAUCAACCCUGUCGGGGCUGCAGGUUGCAGCUUUGGCAGAGGAAAGGCCGCCCGUUGCCUCUGCUGGUGCAAGCGGCCGCGGCCGGUGGCAGGCGAAAUAAGGAGCGCACUGUGUGAGCGACGGAAAGAAAAACAAGUCAGGAUCUGCCAGGCUGGAGCCGGUUCAGCCUAAACCCACGAUGGGCAGCGUCUCCAGCACCCGGGCGCAGGUGGCAUGGGCCUUUGCUGUGCCUUCCGUUGGAUCCCCUGGCAUGUGAGGAUCACCCCCCUUUGCCAUCUUAUUUCUGCUUCCACCACCUCGAGGGAUCGGCGCAGCCCUGGAGGGGAUCUCAACACUGCAAGGAGUCACGGAGAUCUUCGAAUCUGACCUGGUGACACAGGCCGGAGAACGGCCAGCGUUUAUCCUGGGAUAGCGCCUGUUGCUUCUGAUGGAUCUUCCACACCCAGUGCUGAUGAAAAGACAUCAAGAGACGGGCAAUCCACCCUGUCCCUAGCUCUGCCAGUGACCCAGAGAGCGGAAGGAAAAGAGCCAGGAACAGAAACCCACAUGUCCUGGCUUCCACUGCAGCCCCGCCAGCCCCUGGAUCCCGGCGCCGCCUCUGGCCUGGGUGGUUAGCACGGUUAGCUCUACGGACCGAGCUAGCCGGAGCUCCCGGCGGAGAGAAACGCUGCCUGGCUUCCCUCUCCAUUGGAGCCAAACCCAGAAUCUCCCUGCGGCCGGCCUGGCUCGCGUUCCCAACGCCGAGUGGUUUCGCCACGGUCGAUCCCCUUUGCAUCUUUUGGAAGCCAGCGUCACAAGAAGUAACCCCGGCAGUUCUGACGUCCUCUGGCUCGUGAAGGUGAAGAAUCUCCGACAGCUGGUCCCCUGUCCUGGGGCUGGACGGGAGCCGGCGCCCCCUAGAGGGGAAAGCCCCAUUCCCCACCUCCCUGAGGGCUUGAUGGGGGCUGGCACUCUGCCCCCAACCCUUUCCCCCAGUCGUCCUGCCUUUGUGGGGGGCGGUCCUCUGGCCUGUCUGCGCGGGAGGGCAGGCUGCCUGAUCCCUGCAGGCCUGGCUGGCCCCAUGGGAAGAACUGGUGUGAAAUCCAGCUCGAUAAAUUCCCCGUGGCCCCUCCGAGGAAACGCUUCGCACCUGCAGACCUUGAGCCGGACUCAAUCCUGACCGUAGAGUUCAGCCCAGCCAGGCCUGCAGGGCCAGCUCCUUCUCCACUGACCGCCCAGGCUCUGGCUCCCGUUGACCUACUCGCGGGCUCCCUCGCAUUUUUUUCCUUUUUAACCCAGGGCACGGACUCGCCUGAACAUUUUGUUUUCAUUUCAUCUUACGGAGGGGAGAGCGAAGGCCUGGCCUCCCUCCAGCCUCCGAGGGGCGGACAAUCACAGCUUGUGUCCGCAUGAAUGCUACAUUGAGAGGUGCGGGGGGGGGAGAAACCCAUGAAGCUUUAAAAAGUGCGUCCAAAAAAGAGAUCUCCGAGGUUGGUGCUUCUCGGCGGAGCUGCGGGGACUCAUCAUGCCAAUGCUGAGACAGCUGCUGCUCUUCUCCUUUGCUCUCCUACUGUGCCUGGAACCUCUACCCAGCACCGGGCACCCCCAGAUUCCAGAGCUCACCAUGACCAGCUUCUCCGUCCGCUCCACCAUUGUGUCCCGCUACGCCUCCACCCGUGUUCGGACCGAGCUGAGCAACCCCCACGCCGAGGCCAAGGAAGCCAUCUUCGACCUAGACCUGCCCAGCUCGGCCUUCAUCUCCAACUUCACCAUCACCAUCAACAAUAAACUCUAUGUGGCCGAGGUGAAAGAGAAGCGUCAAGCCAAGAAGAUGUACGACGAGGCCCGGAGACAGGGCCAGACAGCGGCUCAUGUUGGCACUAGGGAUCGGGAGACAGAGAAGUUCCGGGUCUCUGCCAGCGUAGCAGCCGGAAGCCAGGUGUCCUUCGAGCUGAGCUACGAGGAGCUGCUGCAGCGGCACCUGGGCAAGUACCAGCACGCUGUGAGCGUGCGUCCCCAGCAGGUGGUGGGGAACCUCACCGUGGAGGUGAGCAUCUCGGAGCGCACCGGCAUCGACUACGUCCAGGUGCUGCCCCUCCGCACCAGCCGCCUGCUCACCAACACCUUGCGAGGGGACGCCGAUGUGCCGCCGUCCACCCGGGUGGAGAAGGGGAGCCACUGCGCCUGGGUUGUCUUCACCCCGACCCCGCAGGAACAGGCGGCUUUCUCCAGCUCGGGCAUCCUGGGGGACUUCGUGGUACAGUACGACGUGGCCAUGCCAGAUGUGGCUGGGGACGUGCAGAUCUACAACGGCUACUUCGUUCACUACUUCGCCCCCCGCGGCCUGCCCCCCGUGCAGAAGAACGUGGUGUUUGUCAUCGACAUCAGCGGCUCCAUGCACGGCACCAAGAUGAAGCAGACCAAGAAGGCCAUGCACAUCAUCCUGAGCGACCUCCACCCGGACGACUGCUUCAACAUCGUCACUUUCUCCGACACCGUCCGCGUGUGGAAGGCCGGGCGCUCCAUCCCGGCCACGGCCCACAACGUCCGCAGUGCCAAGGACUACGUCCACAGGAUGGAAGCUGAUGGAUGGACCGACAUCAACAAGGCCCUGCUGGAGGCCGCCUCGGUGCUGACCCAGGGCAGGCCGGAGCCGUCCCCCCGGCGCAUCCCACUGCUCAUCUUCCUGACGGACGGGGAGCCCACGGCGGGCGUGACCUCAGGCACUCGCAUCCUGGCCAACGCCCGGCAGGCCCUGGGCGGCUCCGUCUCGCUGUUCGGCCUGGCCUUCGGGGACGACGCCGACUACGGGCUGCUGCGGCGCCUGGCGCUGGAGAACCGAGGCGUGGCCCGACGCAUCUACGAAGACGCCGACGCCACCCUGCAGCUCGCCGGCUUUUAUGACGAGAUCGCCAGCCCGCUGCUGUACGACGUGGCCCUGUCCUACCGCGAUGGCGCCGACCUCACCCGCACCCUCUUCCCCCACUACUUCCAGGGCGCCGAGCUGGUGGUGGCCGGGCGGCUGGCCCCAGGGGCCACCGAGCUGCAUGUCGAGGCUGCGGGCCGCGGGCUCGCCGGGCAGCUGAGGCUGGAGAACGAUAUCUCAGCCAACGCCACGGAGGCCGCCCCGUUCGGCUGCUCUCCGGACCUGGGGCAGAUCGGGCGAUUCGUCCAGCGCCUCUGGGCCUACUUCACCAUCCAGGAGCUGCUGCGGGCCCGGUUCCACUCCAACGACACCGCUGCGCGCCGGCUGCUCACCGAAAAGGCCACCAACCUCUCGCUGAAGUACAACUUCGUCACGCCCGUCACCUCACUGGUGGUGGUCAAGCCGGAGGAGGAGGAGAGUACCACGGCUCGGGCCACGCCAGGGGCUCCUGGCACACCCCUGGCCACCACGGCGGCCCACCGUGGCACCAAAGCUUCUGGAGUCACGCCCACUCCGGGGGCUACAUCCACCUCGCUCCCUGAUGUUGCCACCAAAGCUGCCACAGCCCUCCCCAGCCUAGCCAGAGCCACGCCCAUCCCAGGAGCAUCUGCCACGUCCCAGGGCGCCUCCAAACGAGCCCAAGCCACGCCGGCACCUGGCACUGCCACGGCAUCGCCAGCUCCUCCCACGGCCCACGGUGUCACCAAAGCAGCCAGAGCCACACCCGGAAGAGCACCCAAAGCUGGGAACCCCAGAGCCACGGCUCAUCCACCGCCGAGCCCAGGAUCAGCCACGGCACCCCCCUCCGGCCAGCAGGAGAUGCCCCCGCAGCCGGCCACCAAGCGCCAGCCACAUCCCAGAACAGAGAGGGCCCCCUUCUCGUGGGGCACAGCAGCUCCCACGGCCUGGACUGUCACAGACGCCUGGACUGGCAACAGCACAGCUGCCACCACCCCCAGGGCGGAGUCCAAGGGCCCCCGGGGCACGCCGGGCACCGUGGGAUCCAUCCCACCAGCCACUGACCUCAGCCAGUGGCUGCUGCUGCUGCCGGCAGAGUCAGAGCUGCUGUCAGCAAAGGACGUGGCUGAGAAAUUCGUGGAGUCCCUGCACCCGCCGGCCGUGUACAGCUUUGUGGCGGCCAAAGGAGAGAAGGGUGUCCUGGAUUAUGAAGACUACUCAGCCUUGUUAGAGGAACAGGACGGCGACACAGCUGGCAUGGCAGACUUGGCUGGUGCCAAGUUCUUCACUUUCUCCUCCUCAGUGGAUGGAGACCCUCACUUUGUGGCACGACUGCCCGGCUCCCCUGAGACCCUGUGCUUUACCCUGGAUGGGCACCCAGGAGAUGUGCUCCAGCUGGUGACUGACCCCCCCAGCGGGCUGUCAGUCCAUGCCCACCUGGUUGGCGCCCCCCCAUGGCCGGGCUCGGCGGAUCGGCCACGCACCUACUUAGACACCAUCACGGUGCGGGUGGGGCCUCCCCGGCUCCGCUAUGUGAUCACCGUGACGCUCCAGGGCGUGGCGCUGCAGGGGGAGGGGGCCCUGGAUCUGCCCUUCGACCGCCCGGCCUGGGUCAGCCGCCCCGGGCUGGGCGUGCGGGUGGGGCCGGGCAGCAACGUGACGCUGCGGCUGGGCGCCGGGCUGGAGUUCGUGGUGCAGCGCCAUCGGUACGGCCACCCCCGCCCCCUGCAGAGAGACCACCUGGGCUUCUACGUGCUGGACGGCAGCGGGCUCUCGGCCCAGGCCCGCGGGCUGCUGGGCCAGUUCCAGAACGCUGACAUCCGACUGCAGCCAGGCGCCGGGGAGCGGCCCGCCCGGCUGCAGAGAGGGGGGGCCACGGUGCCGGCCACGCGGGUCACCAAGCUGCUGAAGGACUCGCCCCUGCCGGCCCACCACGCCCCCUGCUGGCUGGUGAAGGGCGGCAACGUGGAGGCCCUGCUGGGCGGGGCCUACGGCGCCUUCGUGGUCCCCCAUCCGCUGGAGGCGUGAGGCCAGGGGGGGAGACUGACCCCCCGCCCGAGUAGGACACGGCUUGUGGGUUUAAGGUGGACUCGUCCCUCUCCCCCCUCCAAUCGUGGAUUUAACGUGGACUCGUCCCUUUCCCUGGUUCCUGCAGUUUGUGGAUUUCACGGGGAAUUCUCCCUCCCCACCAUGUGGAUUUAAGGUGGAAUCCUCCUGACCUGCCGUGGAUUGUGGAUUAAAGGUGGAGUCUCCCCUUGCCCACACGCUUGCUGAACCAAGGGGGAUCCCACCUUCCAGUUAAUGGACAUGGAUCUUUCAAUUAAGUUGGAUUUCCGUCUCCAGUGCAAUGUGGUGAUUGAAGGUGGAAUGGAUACGGGUUAUUGAUGUAAGGUGGAUCUUUCCCCCAUGUAAUUGUGCGUUAUUCAUCCGUUCACCAUGGUUCUCCCCUAUGAUAUGGGGUGUAGGUAAUUUAAUUUGUAAAGUCAAUUCUAA